AUGGGCCAACCUGACGAGGAGAUCCGACCUCCCGAACAAGAAAAGGAGAUCUACAGAGGCAAGCCAUCCUUCAAAGUAUAUACAGAUCAAGAUCUGUCGUUUACACAUCCUAGUCAGCAGGUGGGAGCCGAGACUCUGCGGAUCGGUGCCCCGAGUGGCAGCAUCACAACAGGAACCACCAGAGACAGUGAACCUAUUCCCCCAUCACUAGCCGACUUGCGCAUAACUUCGACGGUUCUGUCGACCUUCGAUACAACUCCAGGCUCCCCAAAUCACGAGACACUCGAAAAUGCCACACACAACUACCAUGCAUUUAUUCGCACCAGUCGCAAACAGUACAUAGACGAGUCCAUCGAUGGAUUCCGACGAGCGGUUGAACACACGCCCCAAAAUCAUCCGUCCUUGCCCCAGCGAAAAUACCUCUUAGCAUCUGCUCUCAUUUGCAGAUACAGAAACACCAACGCCCAUUUUCAAGACCUAGAGGAUGGCGUCGCCCUCGCAGACCAGGUGGUGAGAGGGGACCUCGAUCACCAUCUGAAACAGAGUGGGAAAUCGUUGAAGGGUUGGGGUUGGUACAUGCGAUACCUUCGCACUGGCCACGGACCCGACAUCGUAGCUUCAGUUGACCUUCUGAACGAGGUGGUCAAUCAUACUUGUCAAGAAGAUCAAUGGCUGGCGAACCUACGUCUUGCUUUGGCAUUGAUUGUACUGUAUCACGCUAAUGCUGGGGAAGACCUUGUCGCCAAAGCUGAACAAGUGGCUAGAAGAGGUCUAUCAGAGCGUCAUCCACAAUCCGCCGAGCCAAUGUUGCAAGACACUCUGUCUCGCGUACUAUAUGCCAAAUACCGCAAUGCUCACCGUCCUAGUCAGCGCGACGUGCUAGAAGCACAGGACGCGGCUGAGAGAGCCCUUCAAGCGACCCCUCCAACUCACAUCCACUACGCUGCCUACGCCCAAAACCGAUGUCGGCUGUAUCUUUGGUACAUGCCUCCCGACAAAGUCGCGGAAGAUGCGAUAGCGAUCGGAGAACGAGCAUUUCGGGCCACACCCGAUGGCUACCGACGCCGGUACAUGGUGGCCCAAGCCAUCAGCAAUGUAAGCGACCUGAAAACAUCGAGAGAUGGGAGGAAGGAGGACCUAGAGGAGGCAAUGUGGUGGGCUCGCAUAUCAGCGCAGACACCAGAAUUGCAUCACAGGCCUAUCUGUGAGACCGGGCUCUGCCGCUGGAUGAUUCGACGGUUCGAACAGUAUGGCCAGCCUGACGACGUAGACACGGCCAUCGAUAUGCUCCGACCCAUUGCAGACGGCAUCACGGCGAAAGCAAUCGAUAAUAUCCAAUUCGCCCGACACUACAUCGUAUACGCCUUCUUUGCUCGAUUUCACUGGCACGGAGAUGAAAGAGACCUGGACGAAUUGAUACGUUACGCAGUGAUGUCGGAAGACUCACCUCUGCAGGGGACCCGAGAACAUGAAACCGCCCUGGCUCAUUAUCGGUCGUGCUUUGAACGCUAUAAACGAAGUAAACGGUUGGAAGACUUGGACUAUGCCUUAAUGAAAACACUAGAGACUAUUCCCCGGAGCGACGUCGCGUGGCAUACAAUGCAACCCUCCGAUACUUGGUCGGUCCUUGGAGACAUGCACUUUUGCCGUUACCGAGAGCUUGGGGAAGGGCACGACUUCGAAGAGGGAGUAGCUUGGUGUCGCCGUGUUCUUGAUCAUCAUGGCAGUGCCCUGAUUGAUAAGACGCAAGCCAUGCAUCUACUCGCAGGAGGUUUUGGCACUCGGGCAGAAAUUCAACGCUCGAUAGAAGACCUUCAGCAGGCCAUAGUUUACGCUGAACGAUGCACCGACAUGGUUCCUCGUGGGCAUUCUUUGCGUGCAGACUUCGUGGGGCAUUUGGGCGAUCUAUAUGCUCUCCGGUAUGAACGACUAGAAAACGAGACAGACCUUCAGAAGGCGCUUGAUAACUACCGCAGUGCAACCGUUGAUUCAGCCAGUGUUGUCAGGCAUCGGUUCCGAGCCUGCACGGCUUUCGCCUCCCUAGCUCAUCGUGUUGAUCGACUUGAGACUGCACUGCGGAGCUUUUGUCUGGAGCGUCUCCGCUGGCUUGCGACGCCGCAGCAUGUGCCUGCUCCUUGGGGCAAUACGAACAGGCGGUGGUUCUUCUAG